AUGGCGACCACGUUGGCUGAUCAAAAACGUCCUCAAUUACAGCCCGUGUGCCAGAAUUGCGGCACCUCCACCACCCCCCUCUGGCGCCGUGACGAACUCGGCUCCGUGCUCUGCAACGCCUGUGGUCUCUUCUUGAAACUACAUGGGAGGCCUCGUCCGAUAAGCCUCAAGACCGAUGUGAUCAAAAGUCGCAACCGCGUCAAGACCGCCGGUCAGGGUACCAAGCGCAAGUCGGGCGGUACCAUCGAUACCAAUGGCCUCUCUGCCUCCCGAUCCGAAGCAGGGACUCCGCCUCUGGGAUCGCAUGGCAAUCGUCGCGCGUCGCGAAAGACGUCUCCGGGCCACUCCGACCGAUCCAACUCGCCGGUGCCGCGCACGGAAACUCCUGGUCUCCCUCAGGUGCAACAACAACACACCCAAUCGCUGCACAACUCCAAUAUCGCACCGCAACACAUGUUCGACAGUGUGACCAUUGGUGACCAUGGCAUGAAUCCGCCAAGUUCAAUGCCGUCGGUGCAGCUGCGCCAGCCUUCCCCGACCUCGACGUCCGCGACUGGCGACCGUCACCCCGAGUCUCCCCAGACUUAUGAAGGUCUCUUGGCGGCGAAUACAUCCCUGAAGACGCGCGUGAGCGAAUUGGAGUUUAUCAACGAACUCUUCCGCGGUCGCGUCGCGGAGCUCGAGCGAAGCGAUGCGACGGCUCGCCGGUCCGAAAUGAUUGUGCGCGACUCGGAAGUCCGGCUGCGACGGUCUCUGGAAGAGGCCCAGCGACGCGAGGACGAUCUCAAACAGCGGGUUGCCGACCUUGAGCGGCAGCUAGCUGACAAGAGUACUCUCAACAACAUCACGAACAGCGACAGUCCGGGUGAACCUUUAGCCAAGAGAAUGCGAUUGUCAGACGUGGUCGAGCAACCAGCCGAGUCUCCGACCAAAUCGCCCAAGAGCGUCUAA